UUGGCAGGAGACAUGCCAUGCACAAAUGCACGUUCGCUUAUGUCAGAGGGAGUCUGCAACAGACGGCGUGGUCCCUUCAUUGAAUAGCCAAGCAAAUGGUAUCAUCGAACGUUAGAUUGCAAAACCUUUACCCCAUGGUUUCAUUCUUAACGAAGCUGAUAUCAUGGAAGUCUCACUUCUGAUCGUUGCACUUCUCUCCAGUGGCCCUUGUUACGGAGAAAUGUUGGCGGGCCCGUACUCAAUUAUCCCAGAACGCGCUGAAGCGUGCCCGGAGGGGAUCCUAGAUUUGCCUUUCCCAAUCGACUUCCAUCUUACGCGCGACCGUCAUAAUCAGAACAUUUGGUUCGUGUAUGCAAACAUGUCUUCGUUUGCUACACUGAACGACGAGAAGGAGGCACAUCUCGCCUUUGCUUCAUGGAGCUCACGCGGCGGGUGGAAGGAGAACGCUUUGACGAUGAAGUUCAAGCGUCCAUGUACGCAGUGCAAACAGUACCUUCCAGGGGUUUGGAGCGGUGUCAUGUCGGUACUGGAGUCAUCAACUAAAGCCACAGAUUGUCCGUUCCCGCCGGGAAUAUACACCAUUAACAAUGUUUCGUCCGCAUCAAUAGCACCACCAAAGGCAGUACCAGUAUUCUUCUAUGGAAAGUGGCGAGUUGACAUCAAAGCUGUUGAUGCAAAAGCCGGCAGGGUUUGUGCAUGUUUUCGUGUAUUCGCACAGACUGUACCAAGGACUGUAUCGAAAACAAGCUAAACAUCAACAAAAUUAAAUAGCAGCAGACCAAACUGUAAAAAAAUUGGAGUCUAAUACGGAACGACCUACGGCGUUUUUGGAGAUGCUCCUCUUAGUCACUGCACCUACAGAGCGCGGAGUACGGUGUCGCUAUAGCACCGGAAAGCCCAGGUUUUACAGCCGAGUGUACGAAUACGGUUCCACUGUAGACAGUUUUCACCAGUUUUUCCUGUACGGUGGCCCUGCACAUUGCUCCUGGUACCAAAUUUUACCCAUUGAAACUACAGCAAUACUGUUUUUCGAAUAACAGACGUUGCUGGAAAAUAAUAAGCGGUCGAAGCUGUCAU